AUGACGUCCUUCCGCCUUAUAAUCGAAGAUGGCAAAUUCCGCGACACAAAGGGUAGACAGGUGAUCCUGAGGGGUAUCAAUGUCGCCGGUGACUGCAAGUAUCCUAGCAAGCCUCAUACGCCUUCCCAUGUGCCCGACAACUUCUUCGAUGGCGACAAUGUCAAGUUCUCUGGCCGACCCUUCCCCAAGGAGGAGGCGCACCUCCACUUCUCGCGGCUGAAGCGCUGCGGGUACAACACCAUCCGUUAUCUCUUUACGUGGGAGGCUAUCGAGGCGGCUGGCCCGGGGAAAUACGAUGAGGAAUGGAUCCAACAUACAAUUGAGGUGUUGAGGAUUGCUAAGGAUUAUGGCUUUUACAUUUUCAUGGAUCCUCAUCAGGAUGUGUGGUCUCGCUUUUCAGGAGGCUCUGGAGCCCCCAUGUGGACUUUGUAUGCAGCUGGUCUCAAUCCACAGAGUUUUGCUGCCACUGAAGCAGCCAUCGUCCAUAACACCUACCCUGAGCCCGACAAUUUCCCCAAAAUGAUAUGGUCGACAAACUAUUACCGUCUUGCUACUGCCACAAUGUUCACCCUCUUCUUCGCCGGACGGGACUUUGCCCCCAAGUGCAUCAUUGAUGGUGUCAACAUCCAAGAUUAUCUCCAAGAUCAUUUCCUCAGAGCUGUCGGGCAUCUUGCCAAACGUAUCCACGAGGCUGAAGACCUCGAGAAUGACGUAGUGAUCGGCUGGGAGACGUUGAACGAGCCAAACAAGGGCAUGAUUGGCUACCAAGAUAUCAGUGUCAUACCAAAAGAGCAGGCUCUGAAGAAAGGAACCUGUCCCACAAUAUGGCAAACUAUCCUAACCGGGUCAGGUAGAGCUGUGGAAGUGGAAACCUGGGACAUGGGUGGCCUUGGCCCCUAUAAAGUAGGAAAAACGCUUGUUGACCCCCACGGUGAGGUCGCCUGGUUGCCGGCUGGUUACGAUGAUUCCCGGUAUGGGUGGAAACGUGACCCCGGAUGGAAGUUGGGGGAGUGUCUUUGGGCACAGCAUGGUGUCUGGGACCCCGAAAGCGACACCCUCCUGAAGAAAGACUAUUUUUCGAAAGACCCGAAGAACGGGCAGACGAUUGACUACCCGUACUUCACUAAUACCUGGUUUAUGGAUCUCUACCGUAAGUAUCGCGAUGUUGUCCGGAGUUACCAUAAGGACGCGAUCAUCUUCCUGCAAGGUCCCACAAUGGAACUGCCACCACUCAUCAAGGGCACCCCAGACGGCGACGACCCCCGGCUUGUGUACGCGCCGCACUGGUACGACGGUAUUACGUUAAUGACCAAGAAGUGGAACAGGAGCUGGAACGUGGACGUCAUUGGGGUGCUGCGAGGACGGUACUGGCAUCCGGCCUUUGCAAUCAAGCUGGGCGAGACAGCCAUCCGAAACUGCUUCCGAGACCAGCAUGCCGCAAUGCGGCAGGAAGGUCUUGAUCGCAUGGGGAACCACCCGUGCGUCAUGACGGAGUUCGGAAUCCCGUAUGACAUGGAUGACAAGUACGCAUAUAAAACGGGGGACUAUUCUAGCCAAUCAGCCGCCAUGGAUGCCAAUCACUUUGCUGUCGAAGGGGCGGGCCUCGAGGGUUACACUUUGUGGGUGUACCAUACCCACAACGACCACGAGCGAGGGGACCAGUGGAAUGGAGAGGAUCUCUCCAUCUACUCUGUCGACGACAAGUUGCUCCCUCUCGACCCACGGCCCCGGAGCCCGGAGGCUAAUGGGACCAUCCUUUCAACCAAGAAGGGUUUGGACGAUGAUGCGAGCGUGACGCCGUCGAACCUCAAGCGCUCGAUCACCAACCCGUCGAUAUCGUCCGAGUCAACAUCACGGCAGCCCGAGCUGACGGCUGCCGCGGGGUAUCGGGCCGCCGAAGCAUACGUACGGCCCGCCCCGAUCGUUGUCGCCGGCGAUAUCAUCAGAUACGGCUUCGACCUCAGCCAAUGUCUGUUCACCCUGACAAUCAAAGCUCCCAAAGUGGCAGACCUGGACUCGCCGACUAUCGUCUUCCUUCCCGAAUAUCACUUCCCCAAGGAUUCCUGCUCGGUUGAGGUGACCUCGGGCAAAUGGGAGAUCAGCAGUGAUGAAGAGGAGACGGUGCUCAUUCAGCGGUUGCGCUGGUGGCAUGGGGAGGGUGAGCAGACCCUGAGAAUCUCGGGGGUAGUCAGGAAGCAUAACAUUUCUGGGGAGGAAGCCGAUGAGGCCGGUUACUAUGAGCAAUGUAAUCAGGGGGCUUGGAGCAGUUGCAACAUUAUGUAG